UGUGAGGUGUGAGGGAGAGACCCGGCCAGUGUGUCGAUGGCAGUGGUGAGGCAAGGACCGCGCCGCUCCCUCUCGGCUCCUCUCCUCGAGAACCUCACACUUGCACACACACGGCUAGCGCGCUCCGAGUGUCAGGAAGGUUGUGGACUGCCCAAAGGCCCUCGACAUCCAAUUAACACCGAGAGGAGAGAGUGUCCGGGGGAGAGGACUCACGUGCAGGUGACUCUCAUCACCCUCACUAAUUAACACAAGAAAGGGCACAGAACUGAACGUGCACGGGGGCCAAAAAAAGAAAGAAAAAGACAGCAGCCCCGAAAGAAGUGGAGAAAAAUAAUCGAGUCAGCACUUACCUACCCCUCAUCUGAACCACGGUGGCAGCAAGCUCAUUUGAAAGGUGUCGGAUGCGCUGUGCCUGAGUCAGUAACAGCGUCACCCAGGAUGUUGUCGCGACGGCAGACGGCAAGAUGCAAGACAUGCAUCGAGGAGGCCUGGCUGGUGUAGCCAUGAGGAGGCUGUGAACCGCCGCGCCAGGCCUGCAGCACUUCGGCGGAGCCCUGCUGGCCGGCGGGGCGGAUGGGCGGUGAUGGUGGGGCGGUGUGGAGUGAUGCAGGCGGCAUGACGCUGUCCAUGCACCCCGGGACGCUCCUGCACCCUCCAGACCAUGUGCACGUCGCAGAAUCAAAACACGACUCUGUAUCAGCCCAGGACGCGCACGGCUUUGGUGUGGGCUUGUGUGUGGGUGUGGGCGUGGGUGGGCGUGGGUGUGUGGGGAGACUGUCCUAAUGUGUGCGACUGUUUCUGGAGAGACGGGAUGCAGAUGGCGGCUUGUCGUGGAGCAGACUUUAUAGACGUCCCUCGUGGUAUCGAACCCACUACCCAGGUGCUUGAUCUCAGUCACAACAACCUGAAGAUCCUCCCGCGUGACGCCUUUGCUUACACAGGCCUCGUCAACCUGCAGAAGGUGAUGCUCAACCACUGUAACCUCAAAUUCCUAGAGAAGGGUUCCUUCAAUGGCGUGGAGAAUGUGAAGGAACUGGACCUGAGUAACAACCACCUUCGGGCAGUGCCAUCAGAGGCCCUCAUGAACAUGUUUAUGCUGCGGGAGCUACGCAUCGCCCACAACAAUCUCACCACCAUUCCCAUUGCAGCCUUUCGCAACAUUCCACAUGUCGUCCAACUCGAUCUGAGUUACAACCACAUUCACACGAUCGAAACAGGCGCCCUGUAUAACCUUACCGAGCUAGAAAUUCUGAACGUAGCCGAGAACAAACUCACGUUCCUCAACGCGUCAGAGUUGGUGCCUCUGGUGCUGCUGCGGGUGAUCCGGGUCGAUGGCAACCCGUGGCGCUGCACCUGCCACCUCCGCCCGCUGCGGCAAUGGUUCCACGACCGUAACUUGGCCGCGUCCAUGCCGCCCACGUGCUCUUUCCCAAAAUGGCUGAUGCAGCAAGACUGGCAGCUGCGCGAAGAAGAACUUUUGUGUGCGCCUCAGGUUGCAGCGGUCGCUCCCCGGGUGCUGGCGGCCCACGGGGAGAAUGUAUCGCUGCUGUGUCGCGUGGAGACGGAGGUGGACACAGCCAUCACUUGGUUCAUGGGCGACGUGCCUCUGUUCAAUGAGAGCGACCUGCAACGUGACCUGGUGGUGGACCUGAUCUCAUCAAACAAUACGUCAUAUGUUUCCAAUCUGACAAUCACGGACGUAGCGCCAGAGGACCAGGGCACGUACCGAUGCGUGGCGGAAAACAAGGCUGGCGUGCGGGAGGCUAACUUCACGUUGCAGGUGUCACAUGAGGUGGCCGAGGUGCGGGUGGCUAACAUGGAGGUGAGCUAUAUGAAAGAGGGCCUGCUCGGGGGUGUGUCGGCCCUCCUGGUGGUAAUGGUGCUGGCGUGUAGUGUGUUGUACUGCAAGGUGCGUGGUGGCAGAGAACCGCGGCGAGACGAGGACAGCGUGGAGACAGCUCAGUCCUCACGGAGCUCAGAGUGUGACCCGCAGCACAAGCUGGCAGGCUACCACGUGGUGCCCACCAACGACAUGGAAGACACGUCUCCGAAGAGGCAGCAGCAGCCAGACCCCACCUGGAGCAUCAGACAUAGAGGUGCUCCAGGUGACUUCCCAUUAGGUAACGGCACCGAGGUGGGGACCAGCGAACGCCCUGAACUGUCAGAGGGCGCCGCUGCUCAGGCCAUGGCGUCCGGCACAUUACCAUAUGUGGACCCCGCCGCCAAGGACGAAGCGUGUGUAGCGCGGCUGGCGGCCCUGGAGGCUGGGCAGUGGAAGGAAGUGUUGUGCCCCAAAGACAUGUUUCCCCACAGGGUAUGUAGCCGCUCGGUGUCACAGGUGUCCCUCAGUGGGGGACGCCAGUACCCCGACCUGCUGGAUCUGCCGCAUCCCCAGCUCGGCCUGCAGCUCCAGCAACAUCUGCAGCUCCAGGAGGUCGGGCAGGAGUUACAGAGUCUCGCCGCCGCCGCCUCGUGCUCUAGACCGCGGACAUUCAGUGACGCUGGCGGGAUGGGCAGCGGCAGUGGCGGCGGCGGGGUGGCGGCAGAGGGACAGACCACUCUUGAAACUCCUCUCUCGCAAGUCUACACUCCUCAAGACCACUCAGACAGUAGGUCCUCGAGCGCCCUCAAUCUUGCCCUCAGCCAGGCUGCCUCAAACGCCUACGCCAACGCUCACCUAGCCGCCGGGACUCACCAGUGUCUCGGUGCGGCGCCUCUGAUGGAUCCCGCCCACGCCCAAGCACUUAGGCCCCUCGAGGACCCCUGCAGCGGCAAAGGGGCAGAGGCGGACGGCGGCAUGUGCAGCCACCACCACGCCCCCGACCCUUGUCACUUUGAGUACCACGCCGCACAGCUGGAAAAGUUCCUGACGGAGUACCGCUGUUUACAAGAGCAACUCAUCCACAUGAAGCAGUCUUACGAGGCACACAAGCGGGCGGGCUCCAUUCCGAGCCUGGACUGCUGUUCGAUGGGCGCCAGUGGUCAACGAACAUCCAUGGCAGAGUUCCCUAAGGGGGCACCUUGCUGCUCCUGUGGCAGCAAGGGAACGUACAUGCUGCCUUUGGGAAUUCCAACAGUUGGUGCUGAUUUCGCCCAGACUGUUCUCACCGACGCCGCAGCCUCAAUGCCGCCACCAACGGCUGGAGCUACUGGCUUCCCUGACACGGUUCAGGCGAGCGAACCAAGUCUGGAAACCCCAGGCACACAGGCCGCGGCAGCAUACGUGGAGGGGUUCUUGCCAGGGCGUCAGUACGUGGAUAGCAGCUUGACUCAGCAGCAGGGACCAAGCUUUGCGGUGAUGGGGGAGACGGGGAUAGGCUCUCCAGCAACACAAAGCCCAGCUAGAGGAAGCCCAAAGAUCAACACAAUGACAAAGGCGUCCAAAGAGCCUCUGAAGUCCAUCCUGAAGAAGAACACGGAGGGGGGUGGAGGUGGAGGUGGAGGAGGAGGAGGAGGAGGAGGAGGAGGAGGAGGAGGAGGAGGUGGGGGAGGAGGAGGAGGAGGAGGAGUAGGACGGCGACGCGGCGACCAGUGGACCAGAAGUGCCUCUUGCUGUGAGCGGCGGGCAGGCCCCAACCAGCUCGGGGACCCCUCCUACUCUGCCCCAGACUCGCGUUCUAAAACUACCGAGACGCUCCAGCCAGCCGACCUGACCCGCCCCGCCCCAGGACACGGCCACUACGAGCCCUAACUCAAAGUGUUGGCGCUGUACGGACACACACCACAGCACGAGCAUCUCCCCCCACGUCGCAUAGCACACCCCGACCCUGCGUGUGUGUGCACCAGCGUCAUCAAGUGUGGAUCAAACAAUUAUAUUAGAAAAAAGAAAAGUUAAAUAAAAGAAGAGUAUAUUCCCACAGUCUAAGUAAUGAUCAACGUAUGUACAUCAGACACUUGCACUUUAAUAACAAAAAAAAAGAAAGUAAAAAUUAUGUUUGGCGUAUUAAAAGUAAGUUGUUGCACUGAUGUCUUAAGAUAAAUAUUACUAAAAAUCUACAAAAAAUAACUAUAUAAAAAAACAAAGUAAGGUAUGUAUGUGUACAUAAUGUCUUUUGUAGAUGUAAAUAAUUUCUUAUACACACACACGUCACUCAAAAAAUAAACAAGUAACUAACGCAUCCAAAAAUCAAUAAAAUAUUGAGGAAAAAUUGCACAGGAACAACUAUAUACGAGUACUUCGAUAACAUUUCGGUUAUUUUUCCCUAUUGACACAUUUAUGUUCACCAUUUCCAGAGUGCGUCGUUGUAAACGUGUUGUGAUAAACUGGAAACUUACGAAGGUUGGCAAAUACUGUCAUGAUCAUUAUUAUUUCCUUCUUGGCUGUUGGUUUGCUAAUCCGUGCGAGUGAAAGUGAGAAUGAAAGUGAUAGAGUGAUAUUAAGUGUGUGUGUGUGUGUGUGUGUGUGUGUGUGUGUGUGUGUGUGUGUGUGUGUGUGUGUGUGUGUGUGUGUGUGUGUGUGUGUGUGU